AUGCAAGAGAACAGUCUCGGUGGUAAUAAAUACUUUGUGACUUUUAUUGAUGAUAAAUCGAGAUUCACAGCAGUUUAUUUCAUGAAAACCAAGGAUCAAGUACUUGAUAAAUUUAAAGAAUACGAAGCAAUGGUCACUAAUAUCACAGGAAAGAAAAUCAAGAUUCUUCGAUCCGAUAAUGGCGGUGAGUACACCUCUAAAGAAUUUGUUAAUUACCUUAAAGAGAAGGGAAUCCAGCACCAACUUAGUGUACCUAGAACUCCCCAGCAGAAUGGAGUGGCAGAAAGGAUGAAUAGAACUAUUCAGGAAACUGCACGAUCUAUGAUACAUAAUGCUGGACUGGAUACAAAGUUUUGGGCUGAAGCAGUAUGCACAGCAGUGAUUGUUAGAAAUCGUUGUCCUACAGUAGCAGUGGACAAUAUGACCCCAUAUGAAUGCUUUAAUGAUAAGAAACCGGACGUGUCCAAUUUUAAAGUGUUCGGAUGCAAAGCGUACAUGCAUGUUCCUAAAGAAACCAGAAAGAAGUGGGAUUCGAAGACCAAGAAAUGUAUAUUUGUUGGAUAUAGUAUUUCAAGUAAGGGAUAUAGACUUUAUGAUCCUAAGACUCGGAAAUUACACAUAUCCAGGGAUGUUUUAUUUGAUGAAGAUGAAUUUAUUCAACAGAAGAAAUUUAUGCAAAUUGUAAACUUAAAUGAUUCCCUCCCUGAAGACCAAGAAGAACCACAAGAGAACAAACCAUCUUCCGAGCAUGUUAUUCCAGGAGAUCAAGACACAGUUGAUCAUGAUGAAGGUACUGAAGAACCGAGCAUCAGUAGAGAAACCGAAGUGGAACAGCAACCACGACGUUCAACGCGCAUAAGAGAACCACCAGAUAGACAUGGUGUAGUAAUUACUGGCAAUUGGUGGCAAAAUAAUGUUGCGUGUAUUAAUAGUGAGUUCAGUCCAGAAGAGCCUACAACUAUAAGGGAAGCUCUAAAUUGUUCAGAUAAAGAACAAUGGAAACAAGCUCUGGACAAUGAAUAUUCAGCUCAUAUUAAGAACAAUACAUGGACAUUAGGGAAUCUGCCUGAGGGUCGUAAAGCUAUUGAUUGUCGAUGGGUAUUUAAAGUUAAAUACAAUGCGGAUGGGUCUGUAGAGCGCCACAAGGCUCGUUUAGUUGCGAAAGGAUACUCACAAGAACCUGGAUUAGAUUAUGAUGAAACCUUUUCCCCUGUAGCGAAGUAUACAUCUAUUCGUUCACUAUUGGCAAUUGCUAACCAGUUAGAUUUAGAAGUACAUCAAAUGGACGUUUCUACGGCGUUCUUGAACGGUGAAUUGGAAGAAGAAAUAUACAUGAAGCAACCAGAAGGAUACGUGAAAGAAGGUGUGGAAGAUUUAGUUUGCAAAUUAAACAAGAGUAUCUACGGCUUGAAGCAGUCAUCAAGGUGUUGGUACAACACGAUCGAUCAAUUCUUAAAGAAUUCCGGCUAUGUACAAUCAAGCUCGGAUCCUUGUCUGUACAUUAAGCGAGAGGGAGAUGAUAUCAUGUUCAUAGCCUUGUACGUCGAUGACUUGAUACCAGCUAGUAAUAGUAAAAGAGUGCUUCAUAAAGAGAAAGAAGCAUUGAGAAAGCGUUUCGAAAUGAAAGAUCUCGGUGAAGUUCAUUAUUGCCUUGGUAUUCAAGUAGAACGAGAUAGAAACAAGAAACGAAUGAGAUUACAUCAAUAA